AUGUCUUUGGUCAUCCCAGAAAAGUUUCAACACAUUUUGCGUAUCCUCAGCACCAACAUCGAUGGCAAACGUAAAGUCAUGUUCGCUAUGACCGCCAUCAAGGGUAUCGGUAGACGGUUUUCCAACAUUGUCUUGAAAAAGGCCGACGUUGACCUGAACAAAAGAGCUGGAGAAUGUACCGACGAAGAGGUUGAAAAAAUUAUCACGAUUAUGCAAAAUCCUCGUCAAUACAAAAUUCCAGACUGGUUUUUGAACAGACAAAAAGAUGUUGUUGAUGGAAAAUUCUCUCAACUUACCUCCAGUACCCUUGACAGCAAAUUGCGUGAAGAUUUGGAAAGGUUGAAGAAAAUAAAAGCUCACCGUGGUCUCCGUCAUUACUGGGGUUUGAGAGUACGUGGUCAACAUACCAAAACUACCGGACGUAGAGGAAGAACUGUUGGUGUAUCUAAGAAGAAAUAA